AACGGGGCUGCUCGUCAAUUUCAGCGUUGCACGGGCGCUAGACGCUGCCUGUGCGGCCGCAAACGUUGUUCAUACUCAUCUCGCAGCCUCCCGCCAGCUCUCGGCAUCCCUGCGCUGCUGCACAAAAUCAGCUGCCACCUGCAGCCAUCACAGCCAUGUCCGACGACUCAUCAGACGACGAGAUACCGCUCUGUAGUGUGCCAGCAGAGCCGCCCGCGAAGCGCCAGCGCGCGGUCGACGCCGUCGCGGCGUCAUGGGUCGGUAGCCGUCCACUCGAAGAAUCGACGCGCCGGCCACGCGCUAGGCCGAAGGAGAAGCCACCGGCGCCACCAGCGGCAGUACCGCAGCCCUCGGCGCCAGACGACGGCGUCGACACCUUACACGUCGCGAACCUGCCGACGCGCGCCACGGCGGGGCUCCUGCGCCAGCACUGUGUCGAGACGCUCGGCGACGACGAGGCCAAUGUGACGGACUGCCGCGUCGUGGAAAAGGCACGGCGCUUCGCCUUCGUCGAGUGCAAGGAUGCGGGGACGGCGCGGCGGCUGCUGGAUAAGUUAGAUGGCGACACGUGGUUCGGCGAACGCCUGGUCGUGAACGCGGCGCGGCCGCGGACGUCGCGCGCCGAGGACCGGCGCGAGGCCUACGAGAAGCUUGCCGAGCACGUCGAGAAGCGGGAGCAAGCGAAAAUCGAGGCGCGCGCGAAGAAACGCCAGGCCGAGCGUGACGCGUGGGAGAAGGAACAUGGGCCGCGUGUUCGCGCCGAGAAGGCGGCGGCUCGAUCCCAGGGCCACUUCGGCCAUGGAUUUGGGAGCGACGGGCGACCACUCCUGCACUCGGGGUACAAAGACAUGUUGUGAACUUCUGGCGGCGCCGCUGACGACGACGACGAGCGGCCGUCUAGGGGGGAGUACUUGUUGUGAUUUUAGACAUUCAAAC